AAAAACUUGUGAAAUAUUUGGAUCCCAACGACCUGGGGAGAAUCAACUUCAAGGACUUUUGCCGGGGGGUGUUCGCCAUGAAAGGGUGCGAGGAGCUUCUGAAGGAUGUGCUAUCGGUGGAGAGCGCCGGGACUCUGCCAUGCGCGCCAGAGAUCCCAGACUGUGUGGAGCAGGGCAGCGAAGUCACAGGCCCCACCUUUGCUGAUGGCGAGCUCAUCCCCAGGGAGCCCGGUUUUUUUCCCGAGGACGAGGAGGAGGCUAUGACGCUGGCGCCACCUGAGGGCCCCCAGGAGUUGGACACGGACAGCCCCAUGGAGAGCCCUCAGAGCCUGGAGGGGUCUGUCGGGAGUCCUGCCGAGAAGGACGGGGGACUCGGGGGCCUGUUUCUGCCAGAGGACAAGUCCCUGGUUCACACUCCAUCCAUGACGACCUCAGACCUUUCUACACACUCCACCACCUCACUUAUCAGCAAUGAGGAGCAGUUUGAAGACUACGGGGAGGGUGACGACGUGGACUGCGCCCCCAGCAGCCCUUGCCCCGAUGAUGAGACCAGGACCAACGUCUACUCGGACCUGGGGUCUUCAGUGUCUUCCAGCGCGGGGCAGACGCCUAGGAAAAUGCGGCACGUGUACAACAGUGAAUUGCUAGAUGUUUACUGCUCUCAAUGCUGCAAGAAAAUCAACCUGCUCAAUGACUUGGAAGCCCGACUGAAAAACCUGAAGGCCAACAGCCCCAACCGAAAGAUCUCCAGUACAGCCUUUGGACGGCAGCUCAUGCACAGCAGCAACUUCAGCAGCAGCAACGGCAGCACCGAAGACCUGUUCCGGGACAGCAUUGACUCCUGUGACAAUGACAUCACAGAGAAGGUAAGCUUCCUGGAAAAGAAGGUGACAGAGCUGGAGAAUGACAGCCUGACCAAUGGGGACCUGAAGAGCAAGCUGAAGCAAGAGAACACGCAGCUGGUGCACAGGGUGCAUGAGCUGGAGGAGAUGGUGAAGGAUCAGGAGACCACAGCCGAGCAGGCACUGGAGGAGGAGGUGCGGCGCCACCGUGAGGCCUACAGCAAGCUGGAGAGGGAGAAGGCCACCGAGGUGGAGCUGCUCAAUGCCAGGGUGCAGCAGUUGGAGGAAGAAAACACAGAGCUUAGAACAACAGUGACUCGGCUCAAGUCUCAAACAGAGAAACUGGACGAGGAGCGGCAGCGCAUGUCCGACCGUCUGGAGGACACCAGCCUGCGGCUCAAAGAUGAGAUGGACCUGUACAAGCGCAUGAUGGACAAGCUGCGGCAGAACCGCCUCGAGUUCCAGAAGGAGCGGGAGGCGACGCAGGAGCUCAUCGAGGACUUGCGGAAGGAGCUGGAGCACCUGCAGAUGUACAAGCUGGACUGCGAGCGGCCAGGAAGGGGACGUAGUGCCUCCUCUGGCCUAGGCGAGUUCAAUGCCAGGGCCCGCGAGGUGGAGCUCGAGCACGAGGUCAAGCGGCUCAAGCAGGAGAAUUAUAAGCUGCGGGAUCAGAAUGAUGACUUGAAUGGGCAGAUCUUGAGCCUCAGCCUCUACGAAGCAAAAAACCUCUUUGCCGCCCAGACUAAAGCCCAGUCUCUGGCUGCGGAGAUAGACACUGCCUCGCGUGAUGAGCUAAUGGAAGCCCUCAAGGAGCAGGAGGAGAUCAACUUCCGGCUGAGGCAGUACAUGGACAAGAUUAUCCUCGCCAUCCUGGACCACAACCCUUCCAUCCUCGAGAUAAAACACUAAGGCACGGGGCUGGCUGCAGAGCAGCCUUAGGACCCUGGAACCAAGGGGCAGACCCUGCCCAAGGAUGCAGGCCUAAGCCGGGCCUCACACUCACACUGUAAAUGUCUCUCUGGCCACCAUGCGUUACGUGUACCUGUGUAUAUAUGUGGGGAGGCUGUGCACACGAGCGAGGGGUGAGUGGCCAUGGCUGUGGGCAGCAUCCACACGGUUAGCCGUGCAUGCACUUUGUGGCCCCUUUGCAAGGGGCGGAGGGUACUGGAAGUGGGAGGGGGCAAGGUCUGCUAUCAGGAGUUACUGUAAAAACAAGAACUGGAAGCUCGUGUUUCUGGUACUGGGUAAAAUGAUUCUACCUCUGGGGAUAAGGAUCCACAUUCGCUCUAGUACGAUGGGCUUUCACCCCACUCCUAGUCCCCUGGGCGUGGGAGCAAAAUUGUGAUCUUUCCUAGGAGUUGGAAUGCCCCAUAUUUGUGUCCUCGCCAGCUCUUUGGCCACCUUUCAAGCCCUGGUGUUCAAGCUCAGAGAGGAUGAAGGGGCAUCUGGAGGGUCCACGAGAUGGGGCCCUCACCAAACGCCUUGGCCGCCGGCCGGCAGCCCUCUGCUGGAGUGUAGUG